AUUGCCAGCGAAAAAAGGCACAUUCUGGAUCGUGACUACAAGCGAUUCAGAUCUCGAUUUAGAUAAGUUUAGUGAAAUAUAUUAGAAAAUAUGAUCAUAGUGCAAUAGUUCGUAUAUAAUCAAUCUGGUGAAAAGUUAAAUAAAAUUUAAAUUACGUCAAUCGAAUACACGUGCAAAAUAUACACAAAAUGAUUAACUGCAACGUACAAAUCAUUGUAUCCAUCUUGCUAUUAAACAUCUUGGCCAUCCAAGGUCAACGGCUGAUCCCAAAUUAUGACAAUGUGGAUUACAAGUUGAAAGUCUUUGAUGAUCGUUAUAGUGAUCCACUUAUACUGAGCUGUAACAUAACGACACCAGGCAAUUACACAUUGGAAUGGAGACGUAACGGAACUCUAAUCAGUGAAAUUCCACAUUUUCAAAAUCGCCACCAGAUAAUUGAUGCCGAAUAUAAAUUGAUAAUCGCUCCAACUCUCGAAGAAGAUGCCGGACUAUUCACCUGCGGUGUUCCGGCAUUACUGGAAUCGCAUGAAUUUAAUGUCGUUGCAAAUGUUUAUUUUCGCUUUAAUCCACCGAAUGUUUAUUUGAUCGAAGGAAAUCGAUUGCAAAUUUAUUGUCUAGCCUAUGGCACCGAUCCGGAGAUCAUAUGGACAGUUGGUAAUCAAACAUACAAUGAAUCAGCUGGUAAUAUCAUAUUACAGGAAGAUUGGCGGGGUGUCAAAAAUUCGAUUCUUGUUAUCGAAAGUGUUGCGUAUGCGGACCGACAAGUUUACAAUUGUACGGCGACGAACAUGGCUGUCAAAUAUGGAAAUUCUGGCUAUGAGAUAGCUGUUGAAACCACAUUGGUUCGCAUUCGGGAAAAGAUGGCACCAUUAUGGCCGGUUUGUGGAAUCGCAGUUGAGGUGGUAGUAUUGUUUUUGAUAUUCUUCAUUUAUGAGAAAACUAAAACUGAGGAGGAAAGCGAAGAAAGGGCUUAUGCAAGAGAAUUCGUAGAGAGUCGCCAAAAGAAGAAGUAAAUUAGUUUGAAAUGUAAACUUUAAAAUCGGUAGUUACAUAAUGCCCUUUGCCUGUGGAGGCCGGAUAAGCUGUUUGCAGCACUAUAGUAAAUUAUAUGCUAAAUUAUUUGAUAGAAUUCUGUCAGUUAUACUUUGAAUAAAAUCGUUAAAAUUGCA